CUUCUUUUAUCCGAUGCUCAUGGAUGCAGCAUAGAGGCGUGCACCGGCAGCGACAUCCCGAGGCCGUGUGUGUACAUCUCCACGCUACGUGUCCCUGUCCCCGGGCUACAUCAAUAAAUGCUACAGCCUCUGCUCCAGGAGCAGACAGCGGUAACUCGGCCCUGCAACCAGCGGCUCUCCUCUUCCAGCAGUUCGGCCUCGACAUGGGGGAAAUCAUCCAGCCACAGCGCAUGUUCCUCUGGAGCAUGGCGGUCAUCUAUCUGGCUGCUUUUGUGUCCCUAUACGUGCAAAUACCAGGUCUCUAUGGUAAUGAAGGGCUGCUGCCUGCUCGUUGGCAGCUGCGAUACAGCGGUAAGUCUCUCUGGGAGCAACUGCUGUCGUCCCCCAGCCUGCUGUGGUUUGGCCCUCAGCUCGGCGUGGACACUCACACCGCCAUGGAGCUGCUGUGUCUUGUAGGGGCCGCACUGAGCUUCGCUGCAACGCUGGUGGAGUCUCUGCGAGACAGCGUGGUGUUUUUCUGCCUUUGGGCCUUGUACCUGUCCAUGUACCAGGUGGGCCAGGUUUUUCUCUACUUUCAAUGGGACAACUUGCUCCUGGAGACAGGGUUCCUCUGUAUCCUUGUUGCUCCACUGACAUUACUCAGAGGGUCACGAGGGGUCAGAGAGCACGAUCGCGUGACCUUCUGGCUGAUCCGCUGGCUGCUCUUCAGGCUCAUGUUUGCCUCUGGUGUGGUGAAACUCACUUCCCGCUGCCCCACAUGGUGGGGCCUUACCGCUCUGACGUAUCACUAUGAGACGCAGUGUAUCCCUACCCCGCUGGCCUGGUUUGCCCACCAACUGCCGGUGUGGUGGCAGAAACUGAGCGUGUUGGGGACCUUCGUCAUAGAGAUAGCUGUACCGCUGCUUUUCUUCAGCCCUCAGCGCAGACUCCGGAUCGGGGCUUUUUACUUGCAGGUGUUGCUCCAAGUGCUCAUCAUUUUGACUGGCAACUACAAUUUCUUCAACCUGCUGACUUUGGCCCUCUGUCUGUCGCUUCUGGACGACCAGCAUGUAAGCUUCUGGCUACGCAAGGCAGACAAGAUCAGCAACAAUGACUCCAGGCUUUGUUCGUGGCUGUGUUACCUGCUGGAGCUGGCAGUCUGGUCUCUAUUGAUCUUCGGAUCAGUUAUUUGCUUUGACCUGAAGUUGGACUCAACAAAGAACAGCAUCACCUCCAGGACAGCCUUCACAUACCACCAGUUUAACCAGUUUCUGCAGAAGGUCACUAUCCCAUCUAUCUGGAUCGGUGUCCUCUCUCUCACCUGGGAGAUGGUCACAGCCAUGUUCAGGUGUGCAUGUGUCUCCGGUUUCCUGAAGCGAUUUUGGGGAACUCUGCAGUGGUCUGUGUUUGCUGCUGCCACUGCUGCUAUGUUCACCAUCAGUCUGGUGCCAUACAGCUAUAUAGAGUACGACUCUCACGGCAGGCUGUGGCCCGGAGUCCGUCGGGCCUAUGACCUGGUGGAUCGCUUCCAGCUGGUUAACUCAUACGGCCUGUUCAGAAGGAUGACCGGGGUCAGUGGGCGGCCAGAGGUCGUCAUCGAGGGAAGCAACGAUGCAGUCUCGUGGACGGAGAUUGAGUUUAUGUACAAGCCAGGCAACCUAAGUGCACCUCCUGCUGUGGUGACUCCUCACCAGCCACGGUUGGACUGGCAGAUGUGGUUUGCUGCCCUCGGGGAUCAAACACAGGCUCCAUGGUUCACCAGCCUCAUGUACCGCCUGCUGCAGGGCAAGAAAGAUGUGAUAGAGUUGAUCCAGACGGACGUAUCACAAUAUCCCUUCCACCGGGAGCCCCCCGCCUACCUCAGAGCGCACCGCUACCGAUACUGGUUUACUGAGCCGAAGGCUGACGGAUCCUACCCAGAGCGUUGGUGGAGGCGGGUCUAUGAUGAGGAAUUCUAUCCCACAGUGCACUUGGGCAACACCUUCCUGGAAACCAUGCUCACUCAGUAUGGACUCAAGGACAAAUCUCCACCACUUCAUAUGCCUAACACCACUGUUGCCAAGGGGGUGCGUUGGGUGCGCUCUCAUUUGAGAGGAGUUCCUGCCCCCAUACUCAUCUGGACCCUCAUAGCCUGCAGCGCCACCCUCUGUCUGCUCCACGGAUUGCAAAGCAGUAACAAACACUCAGAAAGAACAGCUGUCACUCAUAAGGCUGCUAUGACCGAUCACACAGCAAAUGCACCUGACAGCUCUCCAGACACGGGUGGAAAGUCAGAUGAAGAGGAGGAGGAGGAGGAAGAUGAAGAUGAAGAUGGAGAUGGAGGGGACUGUGAAGAUGAGGUGGAGUACUGCGAAGGAGAGGAAAAAGACCCUGUUGGGGAAGACAAAGAGGAGGAGGAAGAUGAGGAGGAAGACGGAAUAGAAACAGAGGAGAUCCUUGAAAAGAGGAAGCUUUAAAAUGAAGCUAUUAAUCCGACGAUAAACUGUUAUCACCAUCUGCCUUUAUAAAUGUUACAAAAACGACCAAAGAAGGUAUAUGUGUUUUAUUAGUAAUUCCUGAUCAGCCAGUUAUGGAACAAAUCUACCAUCUACACCUUACUGCUGUUCAUGUUCCUUAUAUCAGUCUGUACAUCAUAAACCAAUCACUGUUCAGCAGAUCAUCUAGAUGUUUGUAUUUUUGAAAGAAAAGAGAAAUAUAAUAUUUUAAGUAUAAGCAGGCAUCUGUUUCACUCGUUAAGAGAGUAAUGGUUGAUGUUACUCUUUGUGUGUGUUGUUGCACAAGUGUGUGUUUACAGGUCUUUUUAAUGUUACUUUGAUCUUUUGAUCUAUCAACUAAACUAAAUCACUCCACUUUAAAUGUAUUCCCUAGACAUAUCAAUUCCUCAAUUCUAUCAAUUUAAGAAAUGUUAUCCCACACAAAUGUAUGUUUUUCUAUUACAUAUUAAAGAAUAAAAUAUAAAUGAUGUUCUGUACAUGUUUAUCUGAAAAUGCAAACUUCAGUUUUAUAAAUAUACUUAUCAUUUCCAAACUUGAA